AUGUUAUUAACCAAGUUAAGCCUUUAUAGUUGUUUCGACCCGUUCAGUUCAACCGUACGGCGAAACAGUAGGGCGCAUGGUAAAUCAGAAGAAGACCAAUUUUAUUAUCUCUCUUCUUCUUCUAUUUCAUCAAUAUCGAUGAUUCUUCAAGUCGCACAAACAAUUCCGUCAGAAAUUUUGAUAGAAAUAUGUAGUUAUCUUCAUCCCCAGGAUCUAUAUUCUUUAGCGUCUGUUUGUAAAAGAUAUAGAAGUUUGUUAUGGUCAAGGGGUUCAACUACUACACAACAAAUUUGGAGAACUUCUAGGAUGAGAUAUGUGACGAAUCUUUCACUGGCACCACCUCUUGGGAUGUCGGAACAGCAGUAUAUCUGGCUUAUGGUCCUAUUAAAGAAAUGUAUGUUUUGUGAUGAGAAGGAUAGAUUUGAGCUAACGAUGCAUUGGGAAUUCAGAAUGUAUUGUUGUAAUAAAUGCUUGAAUGAGAAGACCGUAAGUCGGAAAACUCUUUUAAACGAAUGGAACGUUCCUGAAACGUUAUUAGUGUGUUUUCCACAACUACAAAGAAACAAAAAUUUGCAGGAUCUGCCAUUGUACCUAAAGAGAAAUGUCUUAAAAACGUUAAACAAUUACAACAAACUGAAGGCAUCGGAGAGGGUGCAGUGGAUUAAACAACAAGAGAACAAAAUUUUAAAAAUUCAAUCAGAAAACGAACAAUAUAACAACAUACAUGAUCAAACGAGAUAUGAUCAUACCGAAAGGGUAGAAAGGUUGUUGAGAAAGUUGCACGGAUUUUACGAUUGUCCUAGACGCUAUAAUUAUACUUUGAAUAAUUAA